AUGGAAUUUGUAGAAGGUCAUGGUUUCGGAUUAGCAAAAAGUCUUUUCACAAAGCAAAUCUGCCCCAAUUUUUUCCCUGAGGGUUACUUCACAGGGAUGAAACGAUUACGGGAUGAUGGAUAUGGUAGCUCUCAAUUUAAGAGGCCAUUUGGUUCUUCCCGAGGGGAAUCAUAUGGCCAACCACAAGUCCCGGGAGGAGGAGGAAGUGAAGGGGCAGGUGCUAGUGUAGGAGGAGGAGGAGGAGGAGGAGGAGGUGGUGGUGGUGGUGGUGGUGGUGGGGAGGUCAAAGACAUGUUUCAAGAUCAGAGAGAGAAAUAUGACAUGUUUCUUGAUGUGAUGAAAGAUUUUAAAGCUCAAAGAAUUGAUACUACUGGUGUCAUAGCAAGGGUGAAAGAUUUAUUUAGAGGUCACAAUAAUUUAAUUUUUGGAUUUAACACCUUCUUGCCCAAGGGUUAUGAAAUUACUGUUAUCGAGGAGGAUGAGGUCCCACCAAAGAGAACAGUGGAGUUUGAAGAAGCUAUAAGCUUUGUAAACAAAAUAAAGAAACGUUUUCAAAAUGAUGAUCAUGUUUACAAAUCAUUUCUUGACAUCUUGAACAUGUAUAGAAAAGAGCACAAGGGUAUCAACGAAGUCUAUCAUGAGGUAGCCUCACUUUUUGAUGAUCAUCCGGAUCUUCUUGAAGAAUUCACAAGAUUUUUACCGGAUGCUUCUGCUGCUGCAUCUGCACAUCAAGCUUCGUUAGGGAGGCAUGCAUAUGAUCGGACCUCAGGUGGGGUCCCACUAAGACUGGCACAGAUGGACAAGCAACGAGGGAGGAGAGAUAGGGUCAAUGGUCCACAUGCUGAAAGGGACACAAGUGUUGAUUGUCCUGAUAUGGAUGAUAAAUCAAUGAUGAAGCUUCACAAGGAUCAGAGGAAGAAGGACAACAGGGAGAGGAGAAAUAGUUCAGCUCCAUAUGAUGAUAAAGAUGCCCUCAAAAGUAUGUAUAGCCAAGAAUUUACUUUCUGUGAGAAUGUGAAGAGUAGAUUACGCAAUCCAGAUGAUUAUCAAGCAUUCUUGAAAUGCCUUCAUAUAUACAGUACAGAAAUAAUUACCAGGAAGGAAUUACAGAGCUUGGUUUCGGAUUUACUUGGGAAGCAUACAGAUCUUAUGGAAGGAUUUGGUGCAUUUUUGGAACGUUGUGAAAACAUAGAUGAGUUCCUUGCUGGUGUUAUGGAUAAAAAAGCUUUAUGGAAUGUUUCUAAGUCAACAAGGACAGAUGAGAAAGAAAGGGAACAUAGGCGUGACAUUGAUGCUAAUAAAGAGAAAGACAGAUACAAAGAGAAGUAUUGGGGGAAAUCUAUUCAAGAGCUUGACCUUUCUAAUUGUCAGCGUUGCACUCCUAGCUACAGACUUCUUCCUGAUGAUUAUCCGAUUCCAUCAGUAAGCCAAAGAUCAGAACUUGGUACUCAAGUACUGAAUGAUCUAUGGGUGUCUGUGACAUCUGGUAGUGAGGAUUACUCAUUUAAACAUAUGCGUAGAAACCAAUAUGAAGAAAGCCUCUUUAGAUGUGAAGAUGACAGGUUUGAGCUGGACAUGUUGUUGGAGUCUGUGAGUUCAACUAUUAAGCGUGCUGAAGAAUUACUAAAUGGAAUUAAUGACCGUUCGAUUGGUUCAGAUGCACCCAUCCGUAUGGAAGACCACUUCUCAGUUCUGAAUUUACGAUGCAUUGAACGUCUGUAUGGGGAUCAUGGUCUUGAUGUGAUGGAUACACUGCGUAAAAACCUUCCUGUUGCAUUGCCUGUUGUAUUGAUUCGCAUGAAACAGAAACAAGAGGAGUGGACAAAGUGUCGUUCUGAUUUUAACAAAGUUUGGGCUGAUAUUUAUUCAAAGAACCAUUACAAAUCACUUGAUCACCGUAGCUUCUAUUUCAAGCAACAAGAUUCAAAGAAUUUGAACGCCAAAUGCUUAGUGGGUGAGAUUAAAGAAAUAAAGGAAAAGAGCCAGAAAGACGAUGAUGUCCUUCUUAGUAUUGCAGCUGGAAAUCGGCACUCUGUUGUCCCAAAUCUUGAGUUUCAGUUUAAUGACAAGGAUAUUCAUGAAGAUUUAUUUAAACUUAUUAAAUAUUCAUGUGAAGAGAUUUGUACAACCAAGGAACAGCUGAACAAAGUAUUGAAACUUUGGACCACAUUCUUGGAGCCAAUGCUUGGUGUUCCUUCUCGCCCUGAUAAUGUUGAAGAUGUUGAGACAUCUGCCAAAAAUGAAGGUACAGCUGGCGAUAGUGAUGGAAGUCCAGGUGCUGAUAGUGGCACAGGUAACCUUAACAUCAAGCAAGGAAAGCAAACUCCCAAUGGCGAUGAUGUAAUUUCGCCAAAAAGAGUAGAUUCAAGUAAGAACACCUUGGUCAAUGGAGGUGCUUUGACCAAAGAAGAUGGAUUGAGAGUAGAGAAAGAGGUGAAGAAUGUUGGUGAAAAAGAUAUCCAAGGACGCGAUCCAACUCUUUCAAAACCAAAUAACAUUCAUGAAGAUGGUCAAACAAAGUCGAACAUCGAUGAAACAGUGGCAAAUGGAGGUUUUACUAAAGCACCCAAUGUUCUGAAAUAUGAUGAACCUUCUAAAUUUGAGAAAGAAGAGGGAGAGUUGUCACCGAAUGGUGAGUUUGAUGAUGCUGACUUUGCUGUAUAUGAUGAGGACAGUGAGAAUGUUCCGGAAGGUGGUGAUGUGUCAGGCAGUGAGUCAGCUGCUGAUGAAUGUUCAAGGGAAGAGAAUGAAGAAGAUGGAGAUCAUGAUGAUGUUGAUGGGAAAGCAGAAAGUGAAGGAGAGGCUGAAGGGAUAGAGGAUGAAAAUGGGACUUCAUCAUUGCAAUCUUCAGAACAUUAUUUGGUCACUGCAAAACCAUUGGCAAAACGUGUGGCUGCUCCUUUGCAUAAUGGUGGGAAAAAAGAUUGUAAUGUCUUUUAUGGCAAUGAGAACUUUUAUGUACUUUUCAGGCUCCAUCAAGUUUUAUAUGAUAGAUUAUUGUCAGCUAAACUUAAUUCGAUAUCUGCUGAAACAAAGUGGAGAGCUACUAAGGACACCCCCCCACCUGAUUUGUACUCCAGAUUCAUGAGUGCUCUAUACAGUCUGCUCGAUGGAACAUCUGACAAUGCAAAAUUUGAAGAUGAUUGUCGGGCGAUUAUUGGAAAUCAAUCUUAUGUGUUAUUUACAUUGGAGAAGCUAAUUUACAAGCUUGUUAAACAGCUUCAAAAUGUUGCAGGUGAUGAGGUGGACAUGAAACUUCUUCAGUUAUACGAGUAUGAAAGAUCUCGGAAGCCUGAGAAAUUUCUUGAUUCUGUAUACUUUGAAAAUGCACAUGUCCUCCUUCAUGAGGAGAACAUAUACCGAUUUCAAUGUUCAUCUGGCCCAUCUUGCUUAACCAUUCAGCUGAUGGAUGUUGGGAAUGAAAAGACUGAAGUGGUUGCGGUUUCUGUGGAUCCUAAUUUUUCAGCUUAUCUUCACAAUGAUUUUCUUUCUGUUGUGCCUGGAAAAAAGGAAUCUGGUAUUAUGUUGCAGAGAAAUAAACGCCAAUUCUCAGGCAUGGAUGAAUCUUCUGCUAUGUCAGCUGCCAUGGAAGGCGUACAUGUGGUGAAUGGUUUGGAGUAUAAGAUGUCUUGCAGCUCAUCAAAGAGUUGA